AUGGGCAAGACGCGGGACCAGCGCGAGAGCCGCGAGCAGCUCGCACAGGAGGCGCAGGUGAUGGUCUCUGAGGACUUUCCUGAAGAGCUGGAGGCCAUCUACGCCAAAACGUCCGAGAAGGCGAACAUCAGCGCCAUGAAGGUGCUGAACAUGGCCAAGUGCUUGGAGCUGCUAGAAGUGGAGGUGGCUGGCGGCCACAUGGUGCUGCUCGUUAAGGUUGCGCAGGUGGUGAAGACCGGCAACACGACCAUCGAAAUUACGCCGAACUCCGCAUCCUUUGGCAGCUCCAUACUGCAGCGUGUGAGUCGAUUUGAUGGCACACUGCAGAUCUCCAAGGAGGGCACAAAGAUACGAGUCGUCAUACCACCCAUCACGACGGCGCGCCGCGACAAGACCGUCGCAGAGGUCAGCAACCUCAUCUCGACCUUUCGCCAGCGCGUCAAGCACUCGAAGACGAAGGCAGUGAAGGUGCUGCAGGAUGCCGGUCUGGAUGAUGGGGUACAGCAAGAGCUUACUGCGCUCGUGGACUCUACUGCCAACGCCUUUGUGGAGGAAAAGGUGGCAGAGCUGGAGUUGUUGUCGGAGGAGGUCAUGUCCAUGGGCAUUGACGAGUCAGACGUCGCUGCCGGUCGCUAG